AUGGUUUUAUCAGCAGAAGUCAUCCACAAACACUUGGGCACCGUUGUUGGCAAUGCGGAUAGCAUUGAAAGCAUCCGUCGAUGGAUCUUCCAACAUCACGGCCAGAUUCGUUUGAUCGUCGACUGUUGGUUGAAUGUUUUCCGUGCAGCUAACGAUGAGCUGCGCGUUGCGCUCUUCUACUUGAUGAACGAUGUCGUGCAGAAGGCCCGUCAGAAGGAGCAGCCAGAACUUCUGUCUGCCUUCCAACCAGUCCUGAUUUCUGCUAUCAGACUCGGAAAGGCAAGUGACAGGGUCAAUUCGGUGAUGGAGCGCGUGUUGAAAAUCCUUGCCGAACGCAGGAUUUACUCGCAGGAGAUUGUUGCUUGGCUGUUGCAACGAUUGAAAGAGGCUGAUGACGAAAAAAUUGAAACCAAGCCAGUGGUGUCGCAAAAACAGUUUGAUAAGCUUCAAGGAGCCCACAACGACUUCGAGAAGGGUUGCACGCGAGUCAAUGGGCCAAACUUUCGUUAUGGCGAGAUGAACCAGACAACGCGGAGAAACGGUCGUGAUCACAUGAGCGCGCCACCGGCAAAUUUUGCGAAAACCACGCACCCUACGGAUCGUCGGCACUCCGAGCAUUUUGAGCCUUGUCGGAAUGGCAUCUUCGGUGAUAGAGGACCGCGUGCACAGAAACGUUCGCUACCAAGGGAAAAUGAGCAACGUCCUCCACGUCCAAUGGGCGGAAUGCUCCCUCCCACGUUGAUGCCUGGCGCUCACGCGCCCACAGCUCGCAUCAACCUUGAAGGCGUCAAGAUCGAAGGCGUAUCCGAGAACAACCGGAUCUUCUUCGAUGGAAAAGCAUACGAGGUGGAGUACGUUGACACGACGCCGAUCAUCGAACGCAACGGCUGGCCGCAUCGCGUGUAUUUUGGCGGUGGAUCAAGGAACGUGAUUAUCGACGGCACCUGUCAUCCCCUGGCUUUCGGGGAAACGAAGCAAGUUCUGAUCGAUGGCGAAGAGCACGCGAUUCGUUUUGGUGGCCCGUCGAGGGAACUGUUUAUGGGCGAUUAUCCUUUCAAGGGGACCUUUGGUGGCCCUCCAAUUUUUGCGACCAUCAAUGGCGUUCGCCACGAGAUCCGUCUGGGCGGACCUGCGCCGGAGGUAAAAGUCGAGCCCACACCCGCCUACGAACUGGCCCGCCAUCUGAACGUCGCCCGCAAGCCGCAACCACCGACGCCCGUCGUCGCCAAGCCGGUCGCGGAAUCUUCGCACAUGACCGAUGACGGAAAAAUCCACCUCAGCGACUACCUAAAGUACAUCCUGCGUACCUGCAAGCAGACGACGCCCCCAGCCCAGUCGAUGAUCGACAACACGCCGGUGCCAAUCCCGACAGGUCCCCUUCGCCGUCCACACCCGCCCGACUUGACCAGCUUCAACGUUCGCAAUUUUAAAAUUUGUUACGAUUCGGUGAUCGCCCAGCUUCACGACAAGAAGAACUGCUGCCCGAAAUGCGGAAUCAGGAAAGACAUCUUUGACGACAACGGCUACAAGCAGCACCUGGAAACGCACGUCAAAGAGAAUCUUCGCAAAGAACCGAAAAAUACCCUGAACAAGCAACGCCGGUGGUACGUGAGCCUGGAGGUUUGGGUCUCUGAUUUUGGCCAAAACGAAGCCACGUCUGUGAAGGAGGCCGAGAAAGAGAACGUUCCGAGAGCUCCGACGACGGCUCGACUGGCGGCUGGCGAUACCGGAAAGAAGGUGUGCUUCGCGUGUCGUGACAGCUUCAAACGGGUCUUUGACGACGACGAAGAAGUCUGGUUUCUGAAUGAUUGUGUCAUCUCGCAGGGACAGUACUUCCAUGAAAGCUGCGUCUACGUGCUGACCAUCAAGGAAGAGGUGUUCGAGCGUUCGAGCGAGUCCGAGCUUCCCGGGCUCGGAGAA